ACCGCGCACGCAUCACUGGACAGAUUGACAGACUUUGACUUUCGGCAAAUGUGGCUAAUACUGCACGUCUGAAAUUCAUAACAAGUAGCACUCUGCCAAGAGAUUAGUGAAAAUGUUAAAAUCUUAUCUCUCCUUGUGAGGUGCGUGGGGUCGGUAAGGGUGUACUUGAAUGCGAAUAGUCUUCCAACUUUUGGUUAUGGCUGUACCUUAACAGCUGACAGACAACGCAGACAGGGACAGACAGCUUGCAUCCUAAACAGGAGGAAUGAAUAUAUAAAGUUUGUCCAAUCAAACCAUCUCGCCAUGGAUGACAAUAGAGGGCCUGGAAAUAUACCUGACCGAUGGCUUCUUUGCCCUCGCAAGGCAAACCACAUGAUUGCUGGUAAAUUUCUUGCCUUUAAAACUCCUCUGGACAAGCGUUACAACAGUCAAAUACCUCCACAACAUUUCUUUUACCCAUCUAUGCUCUUUUCUGUCAUGGAUAGUUACAAGGUGAAAUUGGGCCUGUGGAUUGAUCUUACAAACACCUCAAGAUUUUAUCGCAAAGAAGAUGUAGAGAGUAUGGGGGCCAAAUAUGUAAAAUUACAAUGCAGAGGACAUGGUGAAACUCCUAAUGCAGACCAGACUAAAACGUUUGUAGACCUUUGUGACAAAUUCAUAAGAACUAAUCCCUUAGAAUGCAUUGGAGUGCACUGUACUCAUGGAUUCAACAGAACUGGUUUCUUGGUCAUAUCCUACAUGGUAGAAAAGAUGGACUAUUCUGUUGAUGCUGCAUUGAGAGAGUUUGCUGGUGUGAGACCACCAGGCAUUUACAAAGUGGAUUAUAUUGAAGAGUUAUACCGUCGUUAUGAUGAUGUGAAUGACAUGCCAUUAGCACCCGAGAGACCAGACUGGUGUAGAGAAUAUGAUGAUGGUGAUGGAAAUGGUGAACAAGAUGACAAUGAUAAUGGGGAGGAUUCUGAAAGCUCCAAUGGAAGCACCAGCACUGGAAACAAGCGUCGAGGAAAGAACAAGAAAAAUCCUGUGUUCAUGCAGGGAGUCCCUGGGGUUACUGUUGUUCAUGAUCCUAAAAUGACUGAUGUUCAAAAACGAGCUCAAGAAAUGUGUGGAUGGAAAAAAAGUGGUUUUCCAGGUUCACAACCAGUCUCUAUGGACAUGAAAAAUAUUGCAUUUUUGGGUGAUAAACCUUACAGGGUAUCAUGGAAAGCAGAUGGAACCAGGUACAUGAUGCUUAUUUUAAGAAAGAAUGAGAUAUUUUUCUUAGACAGAGACAAUUCUGUAUUCCAAGUAGAAAAUCUUCGUUUUCCUAUGAGAAAAGACCCUCAAAGACAUAUAGAAAACACUUUACUGGAUGGGGAAAUGGUCAUAGAUAAGACAGAAACAGGUGAGAGCAUUCCCCGAUAUUUAGUCUAUGAUAUAAUUAGAUUGAAUGGUCAAGAUUUAUCACAACAACCGUUCUACCCUGUCAGAUAUCGUUGCAUUAGGGAAGAAAUUGUAGACACUAGGAACCAUGCAAUAGGUAAAGGUUGGCUCAACAAAACCAUUGAACCUUUCAGUGUUAGGGUGAAAGAAUUUUGGGAACUGACAACAACAGCUUAUUUGUUAAGUGAAAAAUUUGCAAAGAAACUUUCACAUGAUCCUGAUGGAUUGAUCUUCCAGCCAAGUAGUGAUCCUUAUGUUCCUGGUCAAUGCAUUGAGAGCUUAAAAUGGAAACCUCUCAGCCAUAACUCAGUAGAUUUUAAAGCAAAAAUUGUAACAGAAAGUGGGCCUGGGAUACUUCCUAGGAAAAUUUUCCAACUGUACUGUGGAGGCAUGGACCAUCCAUUUGGCACCAUGAAAUACACAAAAGAUCUGAAAGACAUGAACAACAAAAUUGUGGAGUGCAAGUUUAAUAACGGCCAGUGGGAAUUCAUGAGAGAAAGAACAGAUAAAUCAUUUCCAAACAGCUACAAUACAGCUAUGGCUGUCUUCAACAGUAUACGUGAUCCAGUAACUCAAGAUUACCUCCUGGAGUACAUUGAUCGGUAUCGAUGGCGGGCAGAUGACAAUGAUCUCAUGCCCCCACCUUCAAAAAUACGGCGUUGCUGAGAUUUUUCACCUCUUUGCUUCCUAUGUGUCUUGCAUAUGACUUAGUUUUUGCUGACAUUUUCUGAUCAUCAUCCAAGUUUCUUUUUCUUUUUUAAUUUGACAAUCAUAGUAUUUGUUGUUGACUAAGCUAGGGGAGGCCUGAGUCGCCUGAGCCAGCAGGGUUUUUGGCUUGGCAUUACUGACUAGACUCUCCCAUCAGUCCCAAUCAUCCAUUCAAUCAAUUAAUUACCAGUCAAAUUCCAUUGCUCAUAUUUUAUCAUUAGUUCACUCUGAUUAGACUUGAUUUAUACAUAUGUGUAAAUAUUAAAUUGCGUUCAUGGCUCUUUGUAGAUGUGAUAACUACAAAUCUUUUACAAUAAUAUGAUACGUUCAAUGUUUCUUACCUCUUGUUGAGUAUAAUCUAUUUAUCAUGUGUAAGUGGUUUUGGUUGAGUGUUGAGGCUAUAAAAGUGUGUGUUAAGAACAUAAUGUUCAUAUGUGAUCCAAAUUAAAACGCAACAUGAGAUUAUCUUAAUUUGUCACUGCCUUGAGAAUCAAUGAAUCUGGUACAUAUGUGAUUAUCAUAUUGAAAACUACAAUAUGGUGGGAGAAAAGAUCAAUUAAAUAUUUUUGAUUUUGUACUAGUAUUUAGUUCAUGUUAUUUAUUUAAUUUUUAUGAAAUCUUUUGUAAUUAUGAAACAUGCCACAAAUGAAAAUAUUCACCAUGAAGGUACAAAGAUA